AUGGCUAUUUGGAUCGACCAAGCCCUGGUUUGUCUUCGCAAACACAUGUUGCUUUUUGCUACCGUCAUCGCUGUGGUUCUCGGAUUUACGAUCGGACUGCUCUGCCGUCAGUUGAAACCUUCCCCAAAGGUCAUCAUCCUCAUCUCAUUCCCAGGGGAGAUAUUUCUACGGCUGAUGAAGAUGCUGAUUCUGCCCUUGAUAGUUUCCAGCAUCAUUACUGGUCUUGCUAACCUCAAUAAUAAAUCAGCCAGUAAGAUUGGCUUAUAUACCAUUGUCUACUACAUCAGUACCACAGUAUUGGCAACAAUCAUUGGCCUCAUCCUCGUUCUCACCAUCAGACCAGGGGACGUUGCCAACAACAACGUCAUGUCUGUCAGGUCAUCAGGGGGUGCCCCAUCAGCUUCAGCUCUAGACGUGUUCCUGGAUUUAGUCAGGUAA